UAAACUUUUUUUAAAAAAAUUUGAAAUGCAUCUAUCGGGUAUGGAAAUUUUAGUCAUCUCGGCCACAUUUUUGACGCAAUCUUUUGUUUAUGGUCAAAUGGGUGGGGGAAAGAAUAGAGGCUUUGGAUAUUGUAUGAUGAGAGGUCCUCCCGGAAUGUCACAAAUGAGUGGUGGUCAAGGAUAUGGACAAAUGGGCGGCCCUCCCGGAAUGUCAUCAAUGGGCGGCCCUCCCGGAAUGUCAUCAAUGGGCGGCCCUCCCGGAAUGUCAUCAAUGGGAGGUCCUCCUGGAAUGUCACAAAUGAGUGGAGGUCAAGGAUUUGGACAAAUGGGUGGUCCUCCCGGAAUGUCAUCAAUGGGUGGUUCUUCUGGAAUGUCACAAAUGAGUGGAGGUCAAGGAUUUGGACAAAUGGGAGGUCCUCCCGGAAUGUCAUCAAUGGGAGGUCCUCCUGGAAUGUCACAAAUGAGUGGAGGUCAAGGAUUUGGACAAAUGGGAGGUCCUCCUGGAAUGUCAUCAAUGGGUGGUUCUUCUGGAAUGUCACAAAUGAGUGGUGGUCAAGGAUCUGGACAAAUGGGAGGUCCUCCUGGAAUGUCAUCAAUGGGAGGUCCUCCCGGAAUGUCACAAAUGAGUGGAGGUCAAGGAUUUGGACAAAUGGGUGGUCCUCCUGGAAUGUCGUCAAUGAAUAAUGAUCAAGGAUCAGCACAGGGCCAGGGAGGUGGUUCAAUAGAAAGCACAACGGAUGGGCAGUGAAUCAGUUAACUGUGUUAAUAAAAUAUACUGGAUAUUACUUUUUUUGUAUUAUUUUUUCUAUAAAUAUCUGUAGUUCUUCUUCUUUCUCUAUCUUUAGAGAAUUUUCUGUAUUUCUUCAAUCUCAAUCUU